AUUUCUCUAGAUUGUAGAAAUUCUUGAGCAUUACCUGCAUUAAAAACAAAAAAAAAAAAGAAAAAAAGAAAAAAAAACUUGUACUAUGUCCAUAUCUCUUUUUCAUUCAAUCUUUAUUCCUCAACUUCUGCUUCAAGAACAAUACCCUUUUGGCAUCUCCACCUUUUUACAAUCUAUUAUGCAAUAAAUCUGCUUCUGGGAAGUGUUAAUAUCAUGACAUAUUUACAUUAAUCUUCCCAAAACCCUCUUUUUUUGCAUCAUUAUUCUUGCUUUGCAGCUCACUGUUCAAAUUAACUGAUUAAUUUCUGUUAGAACUGGGAAUAUCAAAAAAGGAGAAAUUCAUACCAAUUAUUUAUGUGGGUAAGCAUGAUUUUGACCUAAAAUUGGGUUUAGUGAAGAAGGAAGAAUUUAAUUUAGGGUUUAAGAAAUUGAAACAUGAAUCCAAAUCAAUGUCAGAAAAAGUCUGUUGUGGUUGCUGUAAAAGCUUCCAGAGAAAUUCCGAAGAAUGCAAUGGAAUGGGCUCUUACACAUGUUGUUCAACCUGGGAAUUCAAUUAAGUUAUUGGUUCUCACUUCCCCUCAAACUUUUGGAAAAAAGCUCUGGGGAAUUCAACGGUUUACCACUGAUUGUACAAGUGCUGCAAGGAGAUCUACCACGGGGACACUUUUGGAUCAAGAGGAAGACAUUACCGACUCUUGCUUGCAGUUGAUGCAGCAGUUGUGUAAAGAUCACAAAUCUUGCAAAAUAAAUGUGAAGAUAAAAGUUCUGUCUGAUUCUAUUGACGGGGGUGUGGCAGCUGAAGCCAAGAAGGAUCGAACAAACUGGGUGAUACUGGAUAAAAGGCUGAAAAACGAGGCGAAACAUUGUAUGGAGCAGCUUCAGUGCAAUGUUAUUAUGAUGAAAGGAGCUCAUCCUAAAGUUCUUAAAUUGAAUCUAAAUAAAUCCGGUGAUGUAGAACCUGAUGUGAUGCAGUCACUGUCAUCCAUUUCCGAAGCUUCAAAUCAAAACGAUACAUACGAUUUUCCAGACGCAACUCGAGUGCCAAAUGUGACUCCGAUCAGUAGUCCAGAGCACGAUACAUCUUACACUGCAACUGACGUUGGAACAUCGUCCAUAUCAAGCUCAGAUGCAGGGACUUCAUCGUAUUUUCUUUCAGAUGCAAUUCGCGGCCAAAAGAAGGACUGUCAAUUGAUUGCUAGUGAAAUCGAUUCAGACACGGAUAAAGAAUCAAUGAGUUCCAGUAGCUGUUAUCAGCCUUGGAUGCUGAAUAGUCCCGUUGUCAGAAGUGUCAACGUAAAAUCUGACGUAGAUGGUUCACUAAAAACUACAGACGAAAUUCUGGCGUGUGCAUCCUUAAAUCUGCUCAAGAGAUUUUCUGUCGUUGAAAUGAAAAGUCCUAGGCCGAAACUGAACUCAAAUACAACGACUGUACGGGAUGCUAUCUCAUUGUCGAAAAAGUCACCUUCUAAUCCGCCACCACUAUGUUCAAUAUGCCAGCAUAAGACACCGAUGUUUGGUAAACCUCCCAAGUCUUUCACCUAUGGAGAACUGGCAACGGCAACCAAUGGAUUUUCUGCCGACAAUUUCCUAGCGGAAGGUGGGUUUGGUUCGGUGUAUUGUGGGGUACUACAAGAUGGACAAAUCAUUGCAGUAAAGCAAUAUAAACUGGCUAGUUCCCAGGGAGAUUCAGAAUUCUGCUCUGAAGUGGAGGUCUUAAGUUGUGCCCAACAUCGUAACGUUGUGACCUUGAUAGGUUUCUGUGUGGAGGGUGGAAGAAGAUUGUUGGUUUAUGAAUAUAUAUGCAAUAGAUCUUUGGAUUAUCAUCUUUAUGGACGUAGCAACAACAUAUUAGAGUGGCCUGCAAGACAGAAGAUUGCUGUGGGAGCUGCUCGGGGACUGAGAUACCUUCAUGAAGAGUGUCGCGUUGGCUGUAUUGUCCACCGGGAUAUGCGACCAAACAAUAUCCUGUUAACCCAUGAUUUUGAACCAUUGGUUGGGGACUUUGGAUUAGCAAGAUGCCAGGCUGAUGGAGGGGUGGGUGAGGAAACAAGAGUGAUAGGGACAUUUGGCUAUCUUGCUCCGGAAUAUGCUCAAAGCGGUCAGAUCACGGAAAAAGCUGAUGUUUAUUCAUUUGGCAUAGUUCUACUAGAACUUAUCACAGGACGGAAAGCUGUGGAUAUAAACCGGCCUAAGGGAGAACAAUGCCUCACUGAAUGGGCACGACGUAUAGUGAAAGAAGAGAACCUCAAAAAGUUGGUGGAUCCAUGCUUGGGAAAUAGCUAUGUGAAAGAGGAGCUUUGCUCUAUGUUACAAUGUGCCUCGUUGUGCAUUAGAAAAGAUCCUAAUUCACGACCUCGCAUGUCUCAGGUUCUACGGAUGUUGGAGAGUUGUAUGUUAAGCUCAAUCACUUAAUGCAAGGCUCGUGGUCCUAAUGUUCGAAAACACAACAGCAACAGAAGUACACGAAAUUGUGACAAGGUACAUAGUUUGUACAGUGCAUUUACAAGUGCCGAAAUAUAUAUUGCAAAUGUCGAACAAUCUUCCGAUAUGUCAAAGCAGAAUAGAGAGCAUACUACUAGUUUAUUGAGAAACAUUGUUUUUAAGGAUGUAUUCUCCUUUUCAUUAUUUGUAAAUUUUCCCCAAGUUUUGGGUUGGAAAUAUGUAGACUUGUUCAGCUAUAAUAAAGCCAUAUGAGUAAUUUAUGAGUAAA